AUGGACACCACGGAAUUCAGAACGGCGGCCAAGGCGGCCAUCGACGAGAUCGCCGACUACCACGACAAGGUCUCGUCCAGACGCGUCGUCUCCGACGUCCAGCCCGGCUAUCUGCGCCCCCUGCUGCCUCCGUCGGCACCCCUAGACCCCGAGCCAUUCGAGGCCAUCCGCGCCGACAUCCAGGACAAGAUCAUGCCCGGCAUCACGCACUGGUCCAGCCCCGGCUUCAUGGCCUUCUUCCCCGCGUCGAGCAGCUACCCCGCGGCCAUUGCCGAGAUGUACUCCAACGCCUUUAGCGGCGCUCACUUCAACUGGAUCUGCAGCCCUGCCGUGACGGAGCUCGAGACCAUUGUGCUCGACUGGCUCGCCCAGGCCCUCGGUCUCCCCGAGUGCUUCACAUCCGCCGGGAGCACGCGCGGCGGCGGCGUCCUGCACGGCUCCGCGAGCGAGGCCAUCCUCACCGUCAUGGUCGCCGCGCGGGACAAGUACAUUGCCGCCCGGACGGCGCACCUCGGCGACGGGGAGGAAAGGGAAGAGGAGACGUGGCGCCUGCGGAGCAAGCUCGUGGCCGUCGGCAGCGCGGGCGCGCACUCGAGCACCAAGAAGGCCGCCCAGGUGCUCGGCGUGCGCUUCGCCACCGUCCCCAUCCGCGAGGAGGACGGGCUGGCCAUGACGGGCGACGCCCUGGCCAGGACGCUCGACGAGCUCGCCGCCAGGGGCCUCGAGCCCUUCUACCUCACCACCACCAUGGGCACCACCGACGUCUGCGCCGUCGACGACUUCCCCGGCAUAGCCGACGUCCUCGGGGCCCGAGCCGCGGCCGGCAGCGCCGAGCUCUUCGUCCACGUCGACGCCGCGUACGCCGGGUCGGCCCUCCUGCUCCCCGAGAACCAGCACAUGGCCGCCGCCUGGUCGCGCUUCCACUCCUUCAACUUCAACCCGCACAAGUGGAUGCUCACCACGUUCGACUGCAGCGCGACCUUUGUGCGCUCCCGCGCCGACCUCGUCGCCGCGCUGAGCAUCAACCCGCCCUACCUGCGCAACCAGUUCUCGGACAGCGCGCUCGUCACCGACUACAGGGACUGGCAGAUCCCGCUGGGCCGCCGCUUCCGCUCCCUCAAGCUGUGGUUCGUCCUGCGGAGCUACGGCAUCAGGGGCCUGCAGGCGCACAUCCGCAACGGCGUGGCCAUGGGCGAGAAGCUGGAGGGGAGGCUGGCCAGCAGGAAGGACUUGUUUGUCCUCUUCACGCGCGCCAGGUUCGGCCUGCUCUCGCUGCGCGUCGCCGGCAGGGACGAGGACGAGGUGAACGCGCGCACCGAGACCGUCUACGAGGCCGUCAACGCCGCCGGCAAGUUCUACCUGACGAGCACCGUCGUCGGCGGCAAGUUUGCCAUCCGGGUGUGCUUGGGGGUGCCGAGCGUCCGGGAGGAGCAUGUGCAGGGUGUGUUUGAGGCCCUGGUCACCCAGGCCGAGAGGGUUUGCGGUCAUUUGCCGAACUAG